UUCUCCAGACUGCAGCGAUGAAGUCACAGUAAAAAAGGACAGUGUAUUGGUCCGCUCUUUCAAGGAUGGCAAAUUGGUGGCUGUACCCAGGAAGGACAUUGCAGAAUUUAACACCGAGAUGGCCUCAAAAUAUGAUGCAGCAAUGAAAGAAGCUUUGGAUCAAGCUUUAGAGUUCUUGAAGAGUGGUGCUAUCCCCAAUAAUUGGAAGACGGAGCUGAAAGAUGAGAGCUCAAGUAGUGAUGAAGAGGGACGUGAAGAAGAAAGCAGUGAGGAGGAGGAAGAGGUGGAACCUUUUCCUGAGGAAAGGGAGAAUUUUCUGCAACAACUAUACAAGUUCAUGGAGGAUAGAGGAACUCCAAUCAACAAACGUCCUGUGCUUGGAUACAGGGAUUUGAAUUUAUUCAAGCUGUACAGACUUGUACAUGAACUGGGAGGAUUUGAUAGUAUUGAAAGUGGUGCUGUGUGGAAGCAGGUCUAUCAGGAUCUAGGAAUCCCUGUGAUGAACUCUGCGGCAGGUUACAACGUGAAGUGUGCAUACAGGAAAUACUUGUGCGGUUUUGAGGACUAUUGCAAGUCGGCUAACAUUCAAUUUCCCACAUCACUGCAAGGGAAUGUUAAAAAAGAAAAAGAGAAGAAAGAAUGCAACAAAGAUCAUGACACCCUUGAUCAUACAGAGGAGAAAGAAAAGAUCCAAAAUAUUAAACCAGCAACAGUUGAAGUUGAAAAUGAAAAUGAGGGUGAAUGCAAAGACAUGCGUGAUGAUGAUGAGCUAAAGGAUCAGGAAACAAAAUCUCUGAAGACGCGAAAGAAGUAUCCGCUGGAAAUCCCAGCACAGACACCAGACUCUAGAAAGGACAGCAGCAAAGUGAAAACUGAAGAGUGUGAAGAAAGCAAAGGAAAUCAAAUCAAUAAUGUGAAAGACAUUUCCAGAUGUAAAACUGAAGAGUUAAAGACAGAAAAAUUGGAAGAUAAAGGAAAACAUGGAGACGAAAGCAGUAAAGAGGAUGAGGAAGAUGAAGAGGAUGAGGAAAAUGAAGAGGAGGAAGAUGUUGAUGAUGAUGAAGACAGGGAAGAGGAGGAGGAAGAAUUUGAGUGCUAUCCAGCAGGAAUGAAAGUUCAAGUCAGAUAUGGUCGAGGAAGAAACCAAAAGCUGUAUGAAGCCAGCAUUAAAGAUUGUGAUGUGGAGGGUGGAAUAGUCCUAUACCUGGUGCACUACUGUGGCUGGAACGUUAGGUACGAUGAAUGGAUUAAGGCAGACAAAAUAGUGCGACCUGCAGACAAAAAUGUCCCAAAAAUUAAACACAGAAAGAAAAUAAAGGGCAAAAUGGAUAAAGAAAAGGAAAAUAGUGAUAAAAAAGAUAAGGAAGAUAAAUCUCCCAGCAAGUCUGCACGAGUCCAUCGAGUUUCAAAGUCGCCAGCUCACGCAAUAUCUUCAGACAUUUCACCAAUAUUAAUUGGAGUAGAAACAAGAGGCUGUGAGCAAGACAAUUUGACUGAAGGCCAUUCCAUUCUCAAUGGAGUACAAGGUUCUGGAUGCUCUGAAGAGAGUGAUGAUGAUGAUGGCACCCGAUGUGAAGCCACCUGGAGAAAAGAUCCACAACAGGACUCGACAAUGCAGGAGAGGAAGGAGCAAGCCUUUCAGGACCAGAGAAACCUUCCUACUGCUGGAAUGCCUACAGCUGGUGCCAAGUUGGGAAGUAUCUCUGACCCUCUGGAAUGGGUAAGAAGGGGAAAAUGUUCUGAAGAUGAGGAGGAGGAAACUGUGAGAUUGAAACUCUCAGGUCAGAAAGAACCAACAGAGAGGUGGGCAAAGUCGCAUAUGAAGCGUUCCCGGAGGAAAAGAGUUGGAGCCGAAGACUGGACGCAAAAGGGGUCACCUAACUGCAAGGGUGAGAGGUCAAAAGGCAAAGAAUCUCCCCUCAACAUCACCACUAGCAGCAGCAGCAGCUCGGAUGAGGAUGGUGAAAGAAUUGAAAUGAAAAGCUCCCCCACCAGAAAACACAAUGGAUUGCAGGAAAAGAGGAAACCUCUGCACACCACUUUGUUUUCCAGUUUCUCAGAAAUGCCCGAGAAAAGGAUCAAGCUUUUAAAUAAUUCCGAAUUAAGGGUUCAGAAUGCAAAAGUGAAGGACCGGAAAGAUGUAUGGUCAAGUAUCCAGAUCCAGUGGCCGAAGAAGGUUCUGAAGGAGCUUUUCUCUGAUUCCGAUACUGAGACCACGUCGUCCCCACCUGUGGCACCAGAAGAGGCAAAGGCUGAGGGACCAACCAAGACUGCCAAAGAGGAGGAGAGGCUUCCAGCCAUGGAAGUUGAAACUGCACCUUCACUUAUCUCCCCUGUCAGACCCAGCGAGGAGAAACCAGCUGAAAAGCUGGACAAGAAGGGAGAAAUGCCCAGCAGUGGUAGCAACUCUGUGCUCAAUACUCCACCCACCACCCCCGAGUCUCCGGUCUCAGUCACAGUGACAGAGGCCACCAGGCCACAGCCAAACACUGUGCUCACUCAAACCUUGGCUCCAAGCCAGGAGGAAGUCCAAAGUGUUAAGAGUGAAACUGACAGCACCAAUGAGGUGGAUAGUGUGACAGGGGAGCUGCAAGAGGGGCAGUCCGAAGGCAAUGUCUCCCCAACAGGGUUUGAUGCCAGCAUUAGCUCCAGCAGUAGCAAUCAACCCGAGCCAGAACAUAAGGAAAAAGUUGUUACUGGUCAUAAACGACAAAAAGACACUCAGGGAGGAAGUUCAACCAAGAAGCAAAAACGCAGUCACAAACGUUCAGGGAUUAACAAUAAAAAGAAAAGUCGGACUGCGAACAGCAGCGAUAGUGAAGAGAUGUCUGCAAGUGAAAACACAGCUAAAUUGGUACAAGUGAAGAAGGGUUCCUCUAUGGUACCAACAGGCAUGAACUCUCUGCCAGGGAGCACAUCUACUGUCAAUGUACUGACUCCUGGAAAGUCUCCUAGGAAUGGAGAGAAAGAGUCUGCACAGGAGCAUAGCAGCAGGUCAUCCAGAACCUAUAAAUGGAGUGUACAGAUGGCUGAUGUUGAAAACAUGAGCAGUGUGGAACGCAUUGCAUUCCUUCAAGAGAAGCUGCAGGAAAUCAGGCGACAUUACCUCUCCCUAAAAUCAGAAGUGGCCUCCAUUGACAGAAGAAGAAAACGCAUGAAAAAGAAGGACCGCGAUACAAAUGCCUCUGCAACAACAGCAUCCUCCUCUUCCUCGCCCUCAUCCAGCUCUAUCACGGCGGCUGUCAUGCUAACGCUGGCUGACCCUUCUGUAUCCAACUCAUCACAGAAUGGGCUGUCGGUGGAAUGUAGGUGAUGAAAGGACCUCCCAACGCACAGUGCACUUAAAUGGCUCCCGGGGCUACUUGUAUUUUAAUUUUUAUUAUUAUUUUAAUUAUUUUUUUUUAAAAAAAAGAGACGCUGGAUAGAGGCACAAAGAAAAAAAUACGAAGUGACAAAAAACAAUUGAGUUAGCACUAUACUCCACAAGAAAAAAACUACUUCUCAGCAAAACUAACGUAGCACUUAAGUGCACUUUCAUGAAGAUGAGGAAGUACAAUGAAGUGUUCUGUCGGAGCAAUAACCUGUUGCAGUCUGUCUGGAAAUCGUGUCACUGUUGAUGGGUGGGCCUUACCAUUAUUAUUUUUGGGCAGUGGGGUUGGGAAAAGGAGGAGGCAGGAAGGGACUUUUGCUUCUUUAUGUUCCUUGCCUGAAGAUUUUGUACAGCCGAUUUUUAACCAGCUCCGGCAGUAUGUACGCAAGCUCGAACUGUUCCUCUCCCCUUUCCCACUGAAGCUGGACCAUUUGACGAUCUCUGGUAUUAAUUUAGUUCUCUUAUCGCACAAGCUUGUUGUUUCUUAAAUGAAUUUUACUGUUACUGUUUUUAAAACAACAACAAAAAAAGAGAUUGCUUGCAGCGUUAUUUUGUGUAACACAAGCACAGGUAAUUCAAAGACUACAGCGGGCAGUGAGUGCUGGAACAGAGUGCUUUUGGCAUCAGCCUUCAACAUGUAACCAAAACGCAUACGAGAUUCCUUCCUGAUUUACUGCCUUGUGUUUACAGGUUUGGAUCUGGGGAAAGGUUACUGUGAGUUUUCCCUGACGCAUUAAGUUGGAGAGGAAACCUAUUUUGUCAUUUUUAUAUAAAGUCAUUGAUAUUUUUUCUUUAAUUUUGAUACAGAACAUUUCCUCAAAAAGAGAGAAAAUAGCUAACAAAAUCUGUAAAAAAAAAAAAAGUUUAAAAAAAAACCUGUGUAUAAUGAACAUUGUACUUGCCAGCCUAAAAGAUAUAUUUAUUCUAGGGAAAUAAUGACAAGUUCUAUUUUUGUGGGUUCUUUUUCUUCCUUGUAAAUGAAAGGGAAUUUUUUUUUCCUGAAAGCAUAUAAAAUACUUGGUUUCUAAUGCUCAUUUUAUCAUUAGCGAGGCAGAUCAAAAGCAGCCUAUGUACACAUCCAGGCUGUGUAGCAGCUGCCAACCUGCAUUCUGAGAUCUGCUGUGAUUAUUGAAGUGGCAUUGGAGAAUUUGAAAUCAAGGUAGACAGUACACAGCCACGCCCUGGAAUAAACAAAACACAAUUAAACCUUUUUGCCCAGAUUUUAUGUUGUACGUAACAAUGAGUCUGUUAAUUGUCUGAUACAUGUGAUCCCUUUACUUUUUAUAAUGCCUUUUGUAUAUUUAGGACACCUCUCCCCAACACCCCACCUUGGAGUUGUAUUUAAGGAGCAGUGCUGUCAAUGCACUGCACGUGUCUGUACAGAGUGUUUCACUGUUUUUAUGGCAAUUUUGGUGUACCUGGAUUCAAAGUUAGCAUGUUGCUUUUUAUCUUUUUUAAAAGGUAUCACAAAGUGUGAGAGGGUGCGCAUCUCUUCACAAGAGCUGCCAGAUGGUUUUAUGUUUGUAACUGUUGGGUUUCAUUCGCCUCUAAAUUAACACAGGAUCUUUGUAGGAAAAACCUAUUUGUUUGGUCUGUGUAGCUUGUGCUCUUUAAAAAUAACUUUUUGACAAUGGUUACAGAAAACUUUGACCCUGUACAUGACUGUGGAACCUUUGUUUGACAGUUUCAUGUACUUUAAAAAGAACUUAUUGAAAGGUAUAUAAUAUUUAUUAGAUUCCAGAAAAGGUUGGAAAUUAUGUAAUUUAUUGUAAAAAAAAAGUAAGCAAAUUCAAAGGCUUCCAUUUGAAAUAAAAUGCCAUAGUUUGUGAACAUG